UUUGAUUAUGCAGAGGUUGAUUGAUUCACAAGCCCUCACUGUCAGUCCUAGAUAUGGAAACACAAUGUCCCUAGUACUAUAUGGAUGUAUACACUCGUGAAACACCGGCGUUACAGUCGAAAAGCAGUUUAGAGGGACAAUUUGUAUUUCACCUCAAUAAGAGACAAAGGGAAAUUUGUUUCAGCCACCAGAGGGCUACAAGACAACAUUCCUUGUGGUACUGUUUAAGGUUAGUGUUCAGUGGUCACUAAGCCUUUCCCCGACAGCCACCAAUGUGCAUCCCAACACCAACACACCUGAUACCCAAGUGUAAUAAGUUGAAUAGCACCUAACAUUUCGAUAAAAACAUUUAAUGAUAAUACAACUCUACAGUUAAUUACAUUUUAGUAAGCAGACCGGACUGAAAUGUGUCAUAUUUCCUCAAGAAAACGAAAUAAGCCUACUGGAAUAAAAUGAAAGCUAUAUUUCAGAAAUAAUGAAUAAUAAGGCUAUUCCCUCACUUGCUGCAAGUGUUGUGAUGAUCCAUCAGGACGUUCUGCCGCAGCUGCACGCUGUCAUCCCAGACUAGAGUUGAAAACUGAGGGAGGGGGGGAAGGGGGGGUGUUGUUGAUGCGGAUGAGUAGAAGCUGAAUAGGAGCAUUUCCCACACGAGAAACGGGGUAAAGGCAAAAAGAGGCCACCAAACCCCUACGUCGCCCCCGGUGACAACUCCUCACAUUCCGCUGGGUCUUCGCCCGUUAUUCGGCGAAGCCUGCAAUGGGCUACAGACGAAAGCGGAUUCAUAACGUGUUUUUGUUGUUGUCGGCAGAUCCACUUGCAGCAGCUGUCCUUCCGAGAGCCAGGAGGACAGUCUCGCGUGUAUAUUUCAAGACAGCGGGCCUAGUUUCUCCUUCGCUCUUCACUUUAUUGUGGCUAUAUUCGGCUGAGUAAAUCCUGGGAAUACAUUGACCAUUUAAAUCCAAUUAGAUAUAUUUAUAACAGUUCUGACAUCAGACAUUUAUAUGGUGGACGUUUUUUAUUGUCCCAUUGAACGGAUAUAAUGGAGUGAAUUGCACGAGGGGAGCGAGAGUCAGUAGUUUUCUUGCGUGUGAUGAUAGGAGACACAAUGACGCUGUUGUCUCUUUUGGGUCGGAUCAUGCGUUAUUUCCUCCUGAGGCCAGAGACAUUGUUUCUGCUAUGCAUUAGCUUGGCCUUAUGGAGUUACUUCUUCCACACGGACGAGGUGAAGACCAUCGUCAAGUCUAGCCGGGAUGCGGUGAAGAUGGUGAAGGGGAAAGUCGCGGAGAUAAUGCAGAACGACAGGUUGGGGGGCCUGAGCGUCCUAGACGCGGAGUUCUCCAAAACCUGGGAGUUCAAAAAUAACAAUGUAGCUGUGUACUCCAUUCAGGGGCGGCGUGACCACAUGGAGGACCGCUUCGAGGUGCUCACGGACAUCACCAACAAGAGUCAUCCGUCUAUAUUCGGGAUAUUUGACGGUCACGGUGGUGAGGCUGCAGCUGACUUUGUGAAGGCCCACUUGCCAGAGUCUCUGAGGCAGCAGCUGCUGUCCUAUGACAGGGAGAAGAGGGAGGGCGUUCUCACCUACCACAGCAUCCUGGAGCAGCGCAUCCUGGCUGUGGACCGAGACAUGGUGGACAAGCUCUCCGCCAAUCAUGACGAAGCAGGCACUACAUGUCUGGUGGCCCUGCUAUCAGACCGGGAGCUAACAGUGGCCAACGUUGGGGAUUCGCGGGGCGUGCUGUGUGACAAGGAUGGGAAUGCGGUGGCCCUGUCACAUGACCACAAGCCCUACCAGCUCAAAGAGCGCAAGAGGAUCAAGAGGGCAGGGGGCUUCAUAAGCUUCAACGGUUCAUGGCGAGUCCAGGGCAUCCUGGCCAUGUCUCGAUCGCUGGGCGACUACCCCCUGAAGAACCUCAACGUGGUCAUCCCCGAUCCUGACGUGUUGACCUUUGACCUGGACAAGCUGCAGCCCGAGUUCAUGAUCCUAGCGUCGGACGGCCUGUGGGACGCCUUCAGCAACGAGGAGGCGGUGCGCUUUGUGCGCGAGCGCCUGGACGAGCCGCACUACGGUGCCAAGAGCAUUGUGCUGCAGUCCUUUUACCGCGGCUGCCCAGACAACAUCACUGUCAUGGUGGUCAAGUUCAAGAGUGGUCCUGUGGGGAGCAGGGCUGGGGAGUAGAGGUGGUGAUGAGGUCACAAUGUCAUGAUAGGGCCAUCAUUAUUGUUAGAUUGUCUCUUCUCCCUCAACCUGGGGAGGAUUGGGAACUGUCGCAACCUGGAUACCUGGCAUUCUCUUUGACACGCACGUACCCCUACACCCAAAACUAUUUGUUUUAAUUUCUGACCAUAACUUUUGGAAAGAUACACAUUUUUGUUUGAUAUAUGGAUUUUAUUCUGAAGCUGGAGUGCUAGAUCGUCCUGACACACACACCUCCGUCUCACACAUUGGCAUUCAGCAUGAACACUAAUCUCAUCCAUUCAACCUUUACUGACACACAACUGGAGAUCACCCCUUCUGCAUCAAUGAGAAGAUGACUCUCUGACUCAACCAGCACUGCAUACUGUGAUCUACUGUUCUCUACCAACAAACAACAGCAGUGUGUUCUACUGUCAAAGGACUGACACUGUCCUGAAGAGAGAAAAAAAAAAUUUACCUUUUGGGACUUUUAUUGUUGGGGAAUGAUAAGCCCUUAUAUCAGCCCAUAAAAAUGCUGUAAGUUCCUUGGUCGUAUACAGGAUCAAACCCUGACUUAGCUCCAGCCAUUGCCUUUUUUUUGUUAACACAGUCUUAACCAGGCUGAUGUAUAGUUACUCUAUUAUGGUACUGGACCUGUAUAGGAUAUUUGUUUAGCCUAUCCAUGUUUGGGAAAGAUCUGUGAAUGUUAGCACACAGGUGUUGGUGCGUCCGUCGGAAUCGACUGAUUCAAAGGCUACACAGCUGAGACAGCAAGGCUAAUUGCCAGUAAUAUGCAAUAUGAUUGGAGUGAAUACUGAUGUGUCAAUAAGGCCAGGAUCAUGUUAGAGACCAAGGAUGGCCAACUUUGCUCCGGAAGUAGCAGCAGUGUGUGCAGGGUUUCAUUCCAGCCCAGCACACCUGAUUCAAAGAGUUUUAAGUAAUAAAGACUGCACACACGGGUUAUCCAGGAACAGUUGGCCACCCUUGUGUUAGUUUUACUACUGUACUACUGUAUUGAAUACUAAAAUUACUACUGUAUUUCAUAGGUACAUUUUAUGCUUGAAAUUGUGGCAAACCUUUUAUAAUUUAACAAUGUACCUUAUUUGCCUUAUUUGUUGAUUCCGUUUUAAUAUUAUUGUCAAAUAAAAACAUAUACAGCUGUUUAUUGUUGACCUUUACACACGCAUAAGUCGACGAUGUAACAACAAGCGUCGCUUGUAGUAGACAGCUCACCAACAAGUCACUCGUAUACUCUGCCAAACACAAAAUAUAUGACUUUGCUGAAUACAGUCUGUCAGUAUUAAAAUUCAAUGCUACCUUGUGAAA